GCCCUCUUCACUUCCGUCAUGUGUUUCCGGUUGUUUUGAUUUUCCCGCCGUACGGGCUUUCUGUCAUCCGUUCCGGGCUGUUAUAUUUCUGUUCCUAAUGUGGUUUAAUUAAUACGUUUAAUCAAUAUGAGUUCUUCAAACAGCUACAUUAGCUCUUUGGAGCCUAAUGACCGAACCAGGUAUUUUGAGAAAUUAAUGGGAAGUGUCGAAGACGCCGGCGAUAGUUCAAACCCGGAAGUGACUGGUUCGGCGGUGACUGGUGACGGUGUACGCCUACCUGACCCAUACAGUCUGACAGGUUGGAAGGAUGAUUUGAGCCUCUGGCCAGAUACGGACUAUGGGUGCAUCUACACCUACCUAAUCGAGGCUCCAGGUCCGUUUAACGGAGAAGCCAUGAAAGCCUAUAAAUCCCUGGAGGCGUACAAUCUCUUUAUAAGUGGCCAUGUGAGGGAGUGCAGGUACCACCCUAUUGGAAAAAAUGUGAAGGUCUGCUUCCUUAAGGCCAAGGUUGUGCCAGGACAGAGAGUAACAGAGACUCCUCACAACCCAUGGGUGUGUUUGACCAAAAAAGAGGGUUAUGUCAUGGCAGCUCACUGCACUUGUAUGGCAGGGUAGGUAAUAUAACUGCAUUGACCAUCAUAUCCAAAAAGUCACAUUUUUAUCUAACAGUGUUCUCGUCAGAUGAGGUCCAUGGCAAGAAACAGUUUUAGAAAUAAUGAAAGUCAAACUAGUACUCACCUGUAAAUGUUCCUCCGUAUAUUUCCAGGGAGGAGCGACCAUGCAGUUUGUAUGUGGCAAGAUAACUGUCUUAAUUUUUUUCCUUGGUUCAUGUUCUUGUGCUUGAUGGUUUCCAGUUGUAUUUGUACCUGUUGCAAAUGCAUUUCUUCUUGUUGAUGUUCUUGUUGCAGGUUUUACUUGUUGAUGUGUUUCGUUUUCUAGGUAAUUUGGAGUUAUCAACAGUUCCUGAGAAUUGGGAGAGGUCUGCAGCCUCUGUUCGCAGCCAGCUGUUCGCAGUGGAGGCCUCCAGGUCUCUUCAGGAAAAACGGACGUCAUGCACCAGCAGAAAGGCCGUGUGGAACAAAUAUUACAAAGAUAAGGUUGAUCCACAAAGGGCUGAGGACAUGGACUUUUCGCACCCUAAACAUGGAGUCCAGAUCAAGAAGGCGCGCCGGAAGCCGCAGUGUGAUGUGCCACCACUCAGUGAAGAAGAGGCCGCUUCUGCUUUCUCACAACUGAGGAAGCUGUGUCCCACUGCCAGUGCUGUCAUUAAAGAGGAGGAGGACACAGACACAGCAUCAGAAGAUGAGUCAGAUGUCAACACAGAGACGCUUCCCCCUGUGGUAUACAGGUCUUGUCAUCCAGCCAAAGUCCCUGUUACUAGUGUUAGUGUAGACAGCAUCCUUGAGGAUGUUCGGUGCAACCCCGAGCAAAUCACAAACCUCAACAAAGCUACAGUGGGGCAGUCCAAGUCUGCUUUAUGGCGUCAGCAACGCAAGGGUCGUGUGACUUCUACAUCCAUGCAUGAUGUCCUUCAUGCAUCAAACCCCACCACUGCAGUACGGAAGGUCAUGCAAUAUGACUGCAAGGAUUUGAGCCAAGUUCCAGCUAUACAAUGGGGGAUGAAACAGGAGGAGAAGGCAAGGCAACAGUACCUGGAAGCUACCUUGUGCAAAGAUUGGAAGAAUGAACCAAUGAAAGAACCUAAGAUUGGAAUACAACGGUUUAUGACUUUUGAAACUGUGGAGGCAGAAACACUAAAUCUCAAAGCUAGAUCAGCAUUUUUGAGGCCUAGUCUCAACUUCAUGAGAGUCAUGAGUAUUUGAUCCUGCUGACACAUGGACUUUAGAGGAGCAAUGAAAUCACUAACAAGUCUAAACACAAACAUAAACAGUGUAACAGUAGGUAUUCCAGUGAAGAGCUUGCAUUUUGCAUCUGUGAGAUUGGAGGCUGAUGUUGAUGAUUUCUUGAUUUGUUCUUGAAGGUGAUCACGUUCUUCCCUAAGGUUGUCAGCUUCACUUUGAAGGGACUCGCAAAACUGUUCCAACUUACAUUUCUCCUCUUGUACUUUUGUGAGCUGUUCUCUCAGAGUCUCUACACUUUCAGGAAGGGGGUCUCUCAGAGUCUCUACACUUUCAGGAGGAGGGUCAGCGAUCAUUUCUUCAUCUGAAAUAAAGCAAAUCCGAAGUUCAAUGAAAGUGCUAUGUGAUUAUGAGUGUCAUAUAUCUGAACUGAACUGAAUGUUCUAAACUCUGAUUCAUAUGUAUGUAUUGUUGUUUCAAUAUUUUACUCAUGCAGGUUGCAUGCUUCUCUACUUGAUUCACAUCUAUAUCCCCACUCCGAAAACCAAGCGGAUAAACUUUGUAGCAAGUAGUCUUGUGUGUAUGGUAUGUGAUUCAUGUUGAAUAAGUGACAAGUGAUAGAUUUACUUGUUGAGCAAGAAUGAUAGAUUAAACUGUUGAUCAAGAAUUUA